GCUGAAAAUGCCAAAAUGUCUGUUGUCCGUUGACGCUAUCGUAGCGUUUUUGAGGGUGAUUUUGGAAUAAUCAUCUCAUUUUUGUAUUGUACACGCUUUAUUUCAAGAAGAAUGUGUUCCUGGAUUUGCUAGUUAUCCGUAUAUCUGCUUUGGUCGCCAUCUUCUGCCAUUCUCGCGGCCUGCGUUAUUAGCUGAUCUGGUAUUUUGGUAGUGUAAAGUGUAAACGAAAAAGCAGGAGCAAUGGCAUUCAGAAUUCACGAAGAUCAAGAAAAUUCAGCUCUCGGGCUUCGAAAAGAUAAUGCUGACGUAUUUUCGGCUGCAAACCAGCGGCGUGCACUCGUCGACCUUAGCCACUUCGCGUGUAACCAGAACCGGAAUAUAAAACUUCCUGGAUUGACGAAUGGACCUACUAAAGUUCAAGAUGAGAACAGGACGGUACGUCUUAUUAAGAAUGAGAAGAACAUUGUCCCCCCUGUUGCACAAUUUCGCGCGUUCAGCGUGUAUGAAGACAAACCGUCUGAGGCGGAGGUGAAGAAACGCGAGCCGUUCAAGUUUGGGACCAAAGAGAUCAAGAAGGAUAACUUCUUCAAGAAUGCAGCCGAAAACGUGAAAGCUAUCUGUGCACAGGUUGAGAAUCAAUCAGAUUGGCAGAAAGAUGCACCUCCAAAAAGACCCUUACAAGAAAAGAAAGAUGUGGAGUCUCCCAUGUCCGUGGUGGAUUCUAGCAUCCUAUCGAUGUCCAUCUCCAAAAAUGAGAGUCAAAUACUUGACAGUCUCUAUGAAGAUGAAGAUGCUACCACCGCACAGACUGACCGUGAAAUGUUCUUCCAUGUUGUGGAGUAUCGGCAGGAUAUAUACGAGUACAUGAGGGAAAUUGAAGUAAAAAACAGAGCAAAUCCUCGCUAUAUGCGUAAGCAACCUGACAUCACUCACAUGAUGCGCUCAAUCCUAAUUGAUUGGUUGGUCGAGGUCUGCGACGAGUAUGGACAGCAGAGUGAAACCUUGCACUUGGCUGUCUCAUAUGUCGAUCGGUUCUUGUCCUACAUGAGUGUGGUCCGCACCAAGCUUCAACUUGUUGGUACAGCUGCUACAUACAUUGCUGCGAAAUAUGAAGAGGUGUACCCUCCAGAGGUGUCAGAGUUUGUGUACAUCACCGAUGAUACUUACACGAAGCGUGAAGUGCUCCGCAUGGAGCAUCUUAUCCUGAAGGUGCUGUCGUUCGACCUCUCCACGCCCACAUCGCUGGCUUUCCUUUCUCACUACUGCAUCUCUAAUGGACUCUCCAAGAAGACCUUCCAUUUGGCAGCUUACAUCGCAGAGCUGAGUCUUCUGGAAGCGGACCCGUUCCUGCAGUUCAAGCCGUCGGUUAUCGCGGCGAGCGCGUUGGCCACCGCCCGCCAUUGUCUUCUGUGCGAGCGCUGCGCUGCGGACGAAACUGAUUCAACCGUGGAGGACCGCCCGGUCAAUGACGACGCGGUGGGCUCAGGGGCGCGCGCGCACGCGUCGUGCCUUGCAGCGGCGUGGCCGAGCGCGCUAGCCUCGUGCGCGGGCUACAGCGCGUCUGAGCUCGAGCCGUGUCUCAGGGAGUUAGCACGAGCGCACUCGCACGCGGCGCAGCAGCCCUACCAGGCCAUACCCGACAAGUACAAGAGCAACAAAUUCGAAGCGGUAUCAACAAUCGAGCCUCGCCCCAUGUAUCCCGUAGGCAAGUACCAGGCGCCGCCGCCCGCGCGGCCCGCGCCCGAACCCGCGCGCGCCAGCUAGUCUCACUACACACACACACACACACACACACACAAUCUCGCUCUAGGCACAUCUAUAUCCCCGUAAACGCAAACACUACCCGCAUUUGUUAACACGGCUUUUACUGAACAUUUUACUCGCCUUUUUCUUUAUUCGUUCGUUUGAUAUUUAAAAUAGCUAAUAAUAGCACAAACGACUGUUGGGAACACCUGCCUCGUAGAUAAAAAGGUAUGGUAAAUGAUGCAUAGCUACAUUUUUGUUUCACAUAAUGAUUAAUGAUGGUUAUUAUUGGCCUUUCCGCGGGAUCAUGAAUAUGCAAGAUAAUCGUGAAGAAAUAUAGAUAUUUCUUGGAGACUACAGUCUCCAAGUCGUAAAACUAAUAUUACGAACUUGAACAAUUUUAAUAAAAAGACUUGAGUUUUGCCAAGUAAUUAUGUUCUUUGCGUGUAUUACGAAUGUGGUAUGUUUGUGAAUACGGGCUUAGUCCACUCGUGGUAAUACACCUAUGCUAUGAUUAGUUGCCUUUUCUCAUUAGAAAAAUAGAUCUACUUAUCCAAACAUGAGUAAGAUUGUUUCUUGGGAGAAAAUGACAGCUUUCUCAUCAUAGUUUUACCACGAAAGGGCUGUGUACACCAGAUUCAAUAUGACAGGGUGUAACAGAUCAAUAUUUUUUGAUACUUUUAACAAUUACAUGAAUGGUGUCAUAAUGAAAAAGGUGUAUUUACAAGCGAAUCUCGAUUCUAUUUCGUCUAAUGCGUUCUUGAAUACACAAAUAUUGUUGCGUAUUGGUUCUAUGGCACUUUACAUCAGCCAACAUAACAUCUAACAAGAAUUGAAAAUUUUUUAGGGCCAGUCCGCAUUUACAAAAAGGUGAGUACACGGUAAUUAAUUAUGAUUGUUUACUGUUAUAAAUAUUGUUUCAUUUGUUUUGUCUAAGCCUAAAUAAUCGAAUAUUCCAAAUGUUUACAACAUAUUGUAGAGUAAGUUUGUGUGAGUUGUUACGCUAGUUUAAUAAAUAACUGUUUCCAACGGAAAUAAAAACAGACUUUUCUCUGUCUAUAAAAUAGCUUUAUGUUUGGACAUUGUUGUCAUAAAAAACAUGGCAAGUUUUUACACAUGUAUCUAACCAAAGAGAUUUGGAAUACGGCCGGUAUGUAAUGUAACCUCUGAUUUACAAGAUAUCCAUUAAACUACAGGUAAAGAAAAGUUAAUAGGAUUUUAAAAAAUACGCUUAGGGUUUGUAGAAGUUAUUAGUUAAGGCCCCUGUACAGACUUAAGUAUUAGAAUAUUGCUUUAUAAUGCAACUUGCCCAAUCGUCGCUGUGUUCAUAUCCUGUGGAGUCGUCUUCCGCCUUCGAAAAACUCUUUGGUUUGACUAAAAAACUAUUUUUUUCUUUUUCAUAGUGUGAUAAGUAGUCUAAUAUUGUGAUUUUAUACAUUGUGGACCAAGUUUCUAGGGAAAUUCCUUGUGAUUCGUGUAAGUGAAUGUUUUACAACGGUUAGUAGUAAUUAAUUGCUAGCAGUUUCGGCUUAGCAAUUAUUUGAACGAACAAUACUACCUCCACUAUGAAUUGAAAUGUUUUCGUACGGCUACAAAAUGAUAGCGGAUAAUUU